AUGAAAUCUAACCUCGCGACCUCGAAGCAACAAGCCGAGCACCCUGCGGUGCCGCCUCGCGCAGAGAAGACGAGCCGCUCGAGCCCGCCACCUUCAGAGCCCAAGUCUGACAGCGAGUCUGAGGUUCCGAAGGUUUUGCUUUCGAAAUCCUUGGACCGCAAUGAGAAGAACAAGGUCAGGAGGAUUUGCACCCCCAAGCCAGGAAGCGGUAAUCUCGAGGUUCCCGAGAAUAUCUUUGAGAUGUUCCAAGAUGCUGCUACGGGUCGCGAAACCCUCUACAAAAUGUGGGCCAAAAGUGGUGGUGUGAAGGCCGUGUUCCUCGAGUCUGUCACAAUUAUGUGUCAGACGAAUCGCAGCAAGAAGCUCACGGUAAAAGGCGGCUUCUACUCCAAGGAGGAUAUGCGAGCCGAAUUGGGAUACAGUGCGGCUCGCAUCGAGAAGAUCGUCAAGUGGGCUGAACAGAAGGGCCUGGUGCGGAAGUGCGAGUACGAUGAGGAAACCCUCGAGUACUGGGUGAACAUUCGAACCGAAGGCUUGCUUUCCAAGGAAGAUAUUGAGUCUUUGACCCACGAGAAGAAGUACGAGGGCACCGGAGGAGAUGAACUGUGCUUCCAACCGCGGGUUCAUGUUAAUGGCUUCGACUUCACUGGUGAUGAAGACAUGCUCAAUAUUGGGGAUGGAAGCAAGGUUUCAGUGCUGCUGGAUGAGCAUCUCACGCACACCUUGAAAGCGAAAAACAGCCUUAGCAGCUUCCUCGACAAACUGCGAACGGCUGGUGCUGGUGACCCGAACUGUUCUGGGCCGAUCCAAAAGUUGGAGGCGAUGCAUAAGGAGUUUGAGCAGGUGUACGAGGAGAUGGCUGAUGCCAAAGCUGAGGGCAAGAUCAACAAGUUUUCACCAGCUUGGAUACAGACGCAAAGACACAACAACCAAGUGCCCUGGGAGGACAACGGUGGCCCGCUGCUGCCCUAUAUGCUAGUGGAUGCUGACGAUACUCCGUCAGCCUGGUUCAAAGCCGAUCUGUUCCAUGUGUUUCAUGCUGGCGUCGGACAAGACUUUACGGCCUCUGCAAUCACGUAUAGCAUGCGGUUGCUAUUCAAUCGCGGUGGCUUCGAAAGAGACCUUGUAGCCUUGAAUGAGGUCCUGGCUACAUUCAUGACAUCCCACAGAAAACGCCUGCACUGCGGCUUUUUGACGAAGGACCUGCUAGGUUAUGCCUCCACCCGUGAGUUUCCUGAAGGCAAGUGGUCCAAGAACAGUGACACUGCUGUGGUGAUGCAGUUUUUGGUUUUCUUUUUACAGCAGGAAGAGUUUGCGGACCGCGUGCGAAGCGAUGCAAUCUUGAGUGAAAUCUUGGAGGCGGCUCUUGCGAUGGGGCGAGCGAUUCGCAAAUCUUUCCGAGCCGACUUCUUCAUGUCAUCGGACGAUUGCGUUGAAAUCAUCCAGUCACUCGGGAUAAGCAGGAUUUGUUUUUUAUAA